AUGGAUGGCCCGGCGCGGGGCCAUGGACUCCGCAAGAAGCGGCGGUCCUCGUCGUCGGGCUCGGACAAGGAAGACAAUGGGAAGCCCCCGUCCACCGCCCCGUCCCGGCCCAGACCCCCGCGGAGGAAGCGGCGAGAGUCCACCUCGGCCGAAGAGGACAUCAUUGAUGGAUUUGCCAUGACCAGCUUUGUCACUUUUGAAGCGCUGGAGAAAGAUGUAGCACUUAAGCCUCAGGAACGUGUGGAGAAACGCCAGACCCCUCUGACCAAGAAGAAGCGAGAAGCACUUACCAAUGGCUUGUCCUUUCACACCAAGAAGAGCAGGCUCAGCCACCCGCAUCACUGUGGCUCCGAUCGGGAAAAUGACCGUAAUCUCUGCCAGCAUCUCGGGAAGAGGAAGAAGAUGCCCAAGGGACUGAGACAGCUCAAGCCAGGACAGAACAGCUGCAGGGACAGCGACAGUGAAAGCGCCAGUGGCGAAUCCAAGGGCGUGCACCGGAGCCGCUCGCAGGAGAGACUCAGCGAUAGUUCAGCUCCCUCCAGCUUGGGAACAGGCUACUUCUGUGACAGUGACAGUGACCAGGAAGAGAAGGCAUCUGAUGCCAACUCUGAAAAACUCUUCAACACUGUUGUAAACAAAGAUCCAGAGUUAGGUGUUGGCACGUUACCCGAACAUGACAGCCAGGACGCAGGCCCGAUUGUCCCCAAGAUAUCGGGUCUAGAGCGAAGUCAGGAGAAGAGCCAGGACUGUGGCAAAGAGCCGAUCUUUGAGGCCGUGGUGCUGAAAGACCCCUGCCCGCAGGUCCCGCAGCCGCACCCCCUACCCCCGGCGGAGGCCCAGCCCCGAGCUCCUUCUCCACACCCCGACUUGGUGCAGCGCCCCGAGGCCCCGGCUCAGGCCCCACCUCCGAGCUCACAGCCGCCACAGGCCCCCCCAGAGGCCCAGCUGCAGCCUGCCCCACAGCCUCAGGCACAGAGGCCGCCCCGGCCACAGUCCCCCGGCCAGCUGCCCCACCAGACCCUGCCGCCCGUGCAGGCCCACCCCUCGUCUCAGAGCCUCUCCCAGCCACUGUCUGCCUACAGCAGCAAUAGCGUGAGCCUCAACAGUUUAAGCAGUAGCAGAAGCAGCACGCCAGCCAAGACUCAGCCGGCCCCUCCUCACGUCUCCCACCACCCCUCCGCCUCCCCGUUCCCCCUCUCACUGCCCAACCACAGCCCCCUACACAGCUUCACACCCACCCUCCAGCCCCCUGCACACUCACAUCACCCCAAUAUGUUUGCCCCUCCCACCGCUCUGCCUCCUCCACCACCACUGACAUCAGGGAGUCUGCAGGUGCCCGGACACCCGGCCGGGAGCACGUACUCAGAGCAAGACAUCUUGCGACAAGAAUUGAACACGCGCUUUCUGGCCUCUCAGAGCGCUGACCGCGGGGCCUCGCUGGGCCCCCCGCCCUACCUGCGCACGGAGUUCCACCAGCACCAGCACCAACACCAGCACACGCACCAGCACACGCACCAGCACACCUUCACGCCGUUCCCCCACGCCAUCCCGCCCACCGCCAUCAUGCCGACGCCAGCACCUCCCAUGUUUGACAAAUACCCUACAAAAGUUGACCCAUUCUACCGGCACAGUCUCUUCCACUCCUACCCUCCUGCAGUUUCGGGCAUCCCCCCCAUGAUUGCACCCACUGGCCCCUUUGGUUCACUACAAGGAGCGUUCCAGCCGAAGACCUCUAACCCUAUCGAUGUUGCUGCUCGGCCGGGGACAGUCCCACACACUCUCCUCCAGAAGGACCCGAGGUUGACAGACCCUUUCAGACCCAUGUUAAGGAAACCAGGGAAGUGGUGUGCUAUGCACGUUCACAUCGCCUGGCAGAUUUACCAUCACCAACAGAAGGUCAAGAAACAGAUGCAGUCAGACCCGCACAAGCUGGACUUUGGACUGAAGCCCGAGUUCCUGAGCCGCCCUCCGGGCCCCAGUCUCUUUGGAGCCAUCCACCACCCCCACGACCUGGCACGGCCUUCAACUUUGUUUUCUGCCGCUGGUGCUGCACACCCAACUGGGACCCCUUUUGGGCCGCCUCCUCAUCACAGCAACUUUCUUAACCCUGCUGCUCAUCUAGAGCCUUUUAACCGGCCUUCAACGUUCACAGGCCUAGCAGCAGUUGGUGGCAAUGCCUUCGGGGGACUUGGAAACCCUUCAGUUACACCCAACUCAGUGUUCGGCCACAAGGAUGGCCCGAGUGUGCAGACCUUUAGCAACCCUCACGAGCCCUGGAACCGGCUGCAUCGCACACCACCGUCGUUCCCGACCCCUCCGCCCUGGCUGAAGCCGGGGGAGCUGGAGCGCAGCGCGUCCGCUGCCGCUCAAGACAGAGAUAGAGAUGUAGAUAAACGGGACUCCGUUAGUAAAGAUGACAAAGAAAGGGAAAGCGUUGAGAAAAGACACUCCAGCCAUCCGUCACCAGCACCUAUCCUCCCGGUAAAUACCCUGGGACACAGCCGCAGCUCCACCGAACAGAUGAGGGGUCAUUUGAACACUGAGGCUCGGGAGAAAGACAAACCCAAGGAGAGGGAGCGCGACCACUCAGAGUCCCGCAAGGACCUGGCAACCGACGAGCACAAGGCAAAGGAGGGCCACCUGCCCGAGAAGGAUGGGCACGGCCACGAGGGGCGCUCUGGGGCCGACGAGGCCAAGCAGCUGGUGCGCGGGCCGUCCCCCUACGUGCGGACCCCCGCAGUGGAGAGCGCCAGGCCCAACAGCACCUCGAGCCGCGAGGCUGAGCAGCGCAAGGGCGAGCCGGCCUACGAGAACCCCAAGAAGAGCGCGGAGGUCAAGGUGAAGGAGGAGCGGAAGGAGGACCACGACCUGGCCCCCGAGGCCCCGCAGACCCACCGGGCCGCGGAGCCGCCGCCUCCCAGCUCCUCGUCGAGCGUGCACCCGGGGCCCUUGGCCUCCAUGCCCAUGGCGGUGGGGGUGGCGGGCAUCCACCCGGUCAACAGCAUCAGCAGCCUGGACAGGACUCGCAUGAUGACGCCCUUCAUGGGCCUCAGCCCCAUCCCGGGCGGAGAACGCUUCCCGUACCCUUCUUUCCACUGGGACCCCAUCCGGGACCCCCUGAGGGACCCCUACCGGGAACUGGACAUCCACCGCAGAGACCCUCUGGGCAGGGACUUCCUGCUGCGGAGCGACCCCCUCCACCGCCUGUCGACGCCCCGGCUGUACGACGCCGACCGCUCCUUCCGGGACAGGGAGCCUCACGACUACAACCACCACCACCACCACCCGCACCCUCUGUCUGUGGACCCGCGGCGCGAGCAUGAGCGCGGCGCCCACCUGGACGAGCGCGAGCGCCUGCACGUGCUGCGCGAGGACUACGAGCACGCGCGGCUCCACCCGGUGCACCCCGCCUCCCUGGACGGACACCUGCCCCACCCGGGCCUCCUCACCCCGGGGCUACCCAGCAUGCACUACCCCAGGAUCAGCCCCACAGCGGGCCACCAGAACGGCCUGCUCAACAAGACGCCCCCUACGGCCGCGCUGAGCGCGCCGCCGCCACUCAUCUCCACGCUGGGGGGCCGCCCGGUCUCCCCGCGAAGGACCACGCCUCUGUCGGCCGAGAUGAGGGAGCGGCCGCCGUCCCACACCCUGAAGGACAUCGAGGCCCGAUGA